CCUCCUCACUCCCAGCUGCAGGAAAUGAGUGGCUGCUGGUUCCAGCCCCUGGCCUCGUAGAGAGCUCUGGGAAGCUGGUCCAUAUGCUGGGCCAAGGCCCCGCUGCUGUGCCAGGCUGCCGCUGGCGCUGUGCAGGCUUUUUCUUGCUGGAGGACGGGGAGAGUCCAUUUCCCAGUUGGGCAAAGUGCUGCCCGUGCCAGAGAGAGCCCCGGAGAGGCGCAGAGGAGGGGCUGAGCCCCGGGGUGGAGCUGGCGGCUGCGCAGGGCAGAGGAGAGGAGGCGGCGGACAGGAGGCGAUGCGUUCUUACCAGAGAGUCGGGGCUGGCGGGGGGCAGCGAGGGGCAGACGGCGGAGCGGUGGGAUGGGGCGGUGCCGGGGCGCAGGGCUGGCGGGGCUGGCUGUGCUGCUGCUGGCAUCUGCAGGAGGAGCCCAGGUACAGUAGCAGCAGAUGGCAGAGACCACCGAGGGCAUCGGCAUCAGCAUCAACUGCUCGCACCCCAACAUAAAGCCUUACGACUCCAUCCACUGGUACCGCCAGCUCCCGGGACGAGGCCCCGCUUUCCUCCUGAGCACUCUCAAAGACUCCAAAGAUCUGCGGGACCCGCCGGGGCGGCUGUGGGUGUCGGCAGACCGCCGCUCCAGCGCCCUGUGGCUCGCCCGGCCCCGGCGCGGGGACGCGGCGGUGUAUUACUGCGCCCUGGGAGACACGGGGAGAGGAGCCGGGGCUGCGGCCGGGCAGGAACCGGCGCGGGCGGGGCCGGGCGUGUGUGUCGGGGCCGAGGGGACCGUCCCGGACGGGACCGCCAGGGGGCGCUGCCGCUCCGCCCGCCGGGGCCGCCUCGCCCCAACCAGCCCCUCGCCCCGGGCCGCUUCCCCCGCCCGACCGGCCCCGGCCCCCGCAGCGGCAACCCCGCACUCCCAGCGGGACGCACACAGAAAUCCCCCGCCACACUGCCGCCGCCGCGGGGGCAGGAAUGGUGCCCGGAGCGCUGGCCGUGUCCGGCGGGGCCCGACAAGGAGCGAUGGCAGCCGCCGGCCCCGCUGGCGCCCGGCCGGGAGCAGCGCCUUUCUGCGCCGCACAGGGCGGCCGGCGGCACAGACCCUCCUGCCCACGUGUGGAAUAAUUACUAAAUUUGCGAAGAAUACAAAAAUACAGCAUUGUUCACACAUUAAGGAAAGUCAUAAAAUCAAGAGGCUUCUGAGGUAGAAUACAGCCGCAGCUAGCACACGAAGAAUGCAACAUCUUUGAUUCCCUGUACAAGGUUGUUUGCGAAACUACACGAGGGAUGGAAUGGAACGUGCUUGUUCCGUGGCCUUCCCUUGUGACGAAUAGCAGAUAUGGGGACGAGAUGGUACUACGGAACUGAUAAGCGGCCUACACGCUACCCAAGCCAACAUUUCGUCAAAUGUUGAUGAAAUGCUGUCCUUUGUGCGAACUUUACUCACCACAAUGUACCAAAACACACCUCCAUCCUGGAGGCUAUCCGCCCCCGAGGUGUGAACACUCCUCCUUGAAUACAUUAAUCAUAAUAAAAGUACAUAUGACUAAAGUCACUCAAACUCCACUUUGAAGAUAAAAGAAUAAUAUAAAAAUAGCCCAAGAGAGAGGGGAUGUCAGGGAAGACACCAUCGCGAAGAAUUCCACCGCUGAUUUCCGGGAUCAGUUGACGGGCUGAGCUUCUCUUCCCUCCCAUAGGGACACCUUUGGGUAAGACUUCGAUUACACCAAGUGCUUUCUCAGGAACUUAGAAAUUUCUCUAGAGAAUCUCUACCCUACAUUUAUAGCCAGGCUGUAUCGUUUAUAAUUUUGUCGCGCGUUUGUAUACUUAACAAUAUCCUUAUUUGCACGUGCUUUGCAGACAGUGUAUUUAUCACCGGCAAUCCUAAAGAACCUGU